AUGGGCAUGUACCCCGUCAAUGACUUCAUCGAUCUUAGUAAGGAUGAACAAUACUGGCUCGAGGACAUGAGCCACGAUCCUCUCUACAGCGAUACCCUUUUCCACAUCGCCAGAUCCUACCUUGAUACUGUUGGAAAGGGCCACAUGUUAACGGGAGUAACCCUCAUCAACAAGGCCAUGGCGGAGUUGCGAAAGAAACUUACCGAGGCGAAUUUCAUCAUUACAGACUCUGUCCUUCUCACCGUUUUAUGUUUGGCAUUAAUAUCAGAUACACUUGGAGAUCUAGAUGCCGCUAUAAAGCACGUCAACGGCCUUUGGCAACUAAUAAAGCUCCGCGGUGGCCUUCUCGGGCUGACAGAAAAGUAUUCCCUCCGGGUUAAAUGCAGCAGACUUGACCUUCGCUUGGCCCUAAGGACCGGAGCGAGGCCGGUCUUCCUUCGUGGGCAGGAUUUCCAAUGGAAACCGAGCCUGGCGCAGCCCAUGAAGACGUCUACAGUUACACCAAUCCACACUGUCUGCAGCAACCCUGAUAUUCGACUUGUAAAUGUCUGGCUUGACUUGCAAGAUUUUACAAACAAGCUCAACAUGGCGCAGCAAACUCGUCAGAAACUGGCUUCUAAAGAGUUCCAAGAGAUAUUAAUCUCCCUACAAUAUCGGCUACAAUGCUUGGUUUACGAGCGUCAUGAUGUCCAAGAAAUCAUUCGUCAUGUCAUGUUGGCGUGCAGCACCACCCUCUUUAUGAAGCCGAUGGACUUGCCAGCGCAGUGUCGACCCCUGGCUAUGCAGCUUAGGCAGGAUCUGGGAUACCUGGAAUCACAGGACGAUAAAGCUCUAUUAAAGCUGCAAGUCUGGUCAGUGUGUAUGAGCAGAGCAUCGGUGUUGAGCACCGAGGGAGAACUUCCGUGGCUCCAAAAUUGGCUUCUUAAAGCAUGUCAAACGUUAAAUAUCUCGACCUGGGAGGAAACCCGCCAGAUACUCAAGAGUUUUGUCUGGGUGGAUUUAAUUCACGACUCCAUCGGCCAGUCAUUCUUUGAGGGGGCAAGCCAAUGCUAG